AUGGAUGUCCUUUUCACAGGGCACAAGAAUCCUCCCAACUAUAUAUGCAAUAAGAAGUGGAAGAUAAUGGCCAUCAUUGGGGAACUCUCCCCUCACAACACUAAGCAGAUGCCUCACAUCUUAAAUAUCUAUAAGAUGCUACAGCUGAGUUAUGGAUCCUUUGACCCUGCACUGAAUGACAAAUCACAGUUCCCUUCUGUCUAUCGAAUGAUCCCAAGCGAAAGUGCUCUGUAUGUUGGAAUUAUCAAGCUCUUUCAAAAUUUUGGAUGGACUUGGGUUGGCCUCAUUAUUUCUGAUGACAGUAGAGAACUGUUCCUGAGGAGUCUCAUUCAUCAGCUACUCCAGAACAGGAUUUGUUUUGCUUUUCAGGAAAUUAUGCCAACUUUGAAAAAGUAUUGGGAUCAAACAUUCCAGUUUAAUACUAAAUUGGCAAGAAUAAAGUGGGUCCUCUCAUCUUCUGAUACGGAUGUGAUUCUUGUUCAUGGGUAUGCACGAUCUAUGGAAGGCUUGAGAAUAGUUCUGUAUUUCAGCGAGUUUAAUGAAAAGAAGCCAACACAGAAAGUUUGGGUCAUCACAGCUCAGUGGGAUUUUACAUCUCCAUUUUCUACUGAGGUAUUUACCCCCAAAUCUUUUAAUGGCACUCUGUCAUUUUCACUGCACACAAAAGAAGUGAAAGGAUACGCAGAAUUUCUCCACACAAUAAAUCCAAAUGGAAAGAAUGAUUUUUACACCCCUUGGUUUUGGAUUUCCACCUUUGGAUGCUCAUUACCCCAAUAUGGUUACUAUAUGCCUAAUGCAGCCAACUGUACUGGGGAAGAGAAGUUGACCACCUUGCCUAACACCGUGUUUGAAAUAGGAAUGUCUGGUCAGAUAUAUAGUAUUUAUAAUGCUGUUUAUGCCAUCGCACAUGCCCUCCACGCUAUGUUUUCAUCAAGAACUAAAUGGAAAGCAUUAAGAGAUGGUGGCACAUGGGACCGUUGGACUGUCCAUCCUUGGCAGCUUCAUCGCUUCUUGAAACAGAUUCAUUUCAACAAUACUGCUGGAGAGGAAAUAUUUUUUGAUGCGAAGGGACAGUUGACAACCAGAUAUGACAUCAUCAACAUGGUCACUUUCCUCAAUCAGUCCCUCCGUCAAGUCCAUAUUGGAAGAAUUGACCCUCAGGCUCCUGCAGGGAAAGAGUUCCAGCUCUAUGGAAGAUCUGUUACAUGGAAUCCCAGGUUUAAUCUGAUGUCUCCCAGUGCCAUAUGCGUUGAGCAUUGCCAGCCUGGAAACAGCAAGACCAUUCGGGAAGGAAAACAGAUUUGUUGUUAUGACUGUCUACCAUGCUCUGAAGGAAUGAUUUCCUACCAGACGGAUGCAGAAAAGUGCAACCAGUGCCCAGAGGACCAGCGUUCAAAUAGGAAUCGAGAUGCAUGCAUUCCCAAACCUGUAAACUAUAUGUCAUUUGAAGAACCCUUGGGAAUUGUCCUGGCUUCUUUGGUUCUUUUCUUUGCUCUGGUUACUCUUGUGGUCAUGUGGACCUUCAUUCGACACAGGCACACUCCCAUCCUUAAAGCCAAUAACUGGACCCUCACCUGUGUCCUACUCUCCUCUUUGCUGCUUUGCUUUCUCUGCUCUUUGCUCUUCAUUGGAAAGCCUGGGGUUGUGUCUUGCAUUCUCCGGCAAACGUUCUUUGCCAUUGUUUUCUCUACUGCUGUUUCUUCAGUCUUGGCAAAAACCUUGACAGUAGUCUUGGCCUUCAUGGCCACCAAGCCCGGAAAUAGUGUGAGGAAAUACAUAGGGAAGAAUUUGGCAGUGCAAGUUGUUAUUUUUGCAUCUCUUAUCCAAAUUUCAAUUUGUGUUGUGUGGCUGACCAUCUCUCCCCCUUUUCCAGAAUGGGACAUAAACUCUCAGAUGGGAGAGAUUGUAGUGCAAUGCAAUGAAGGCUCAGAUGUGAUGUUUUACAUUGUUUUUGCCUAUAUGGGGCUUUUGGCCUUCAUAAGCUUCACUGUUGCAUUCUUUGCCAGGAAGUUGCCUGAUACUUUUAAUGAAGCCAAGCUGAUCACCUUCAGCAUGCUGGUCUUUUGCAGUGUCUGGAUGUCCUUUGUCCCCACUUACCUGAGCACCAAAGGGAAAUACAUGGUGGCUGUGGAGAUCUUCUCCAUCUUGGCCUCUAGUUCUGCAUUGCUGGGUUUCAUUUUUCUUCCUAAGUUCUACAUUGUUUUAAUUAGACCCGAGCUAAACAUC